GCCUCUGCUGCGGAGCACGGCCGCCGGCGGCAGAGGAGAAUACGAACACUGGAGAUCAGCUCUCGCUUCGCUAAUCCUGUGUCAUUCCCUACCCCGUCCUCGGCUCCCCCCGAAUCCGUGUCUCUGUCAAUCCCCUUCUACUCCUUCGGAGGCGGUGGUGCCACCCCUCUCUUCACUUCCCUCCCUUUCCUAUUCCUCCCCGGGCUGCCCUGAGCCUCUUCACCCUCGAGCUUCCAGCGACUCCAGCUUUACUCUCCUCCUCUACCCCCUCCCUUCCAUCCUCCCUACAACCCCACUCCCACCCCCGCUUCUGCAGUCCGGGUGCAGUUGAGUCGCUCCGAAAUGUAAGAUUGAUUGAUUGAUGUUUAAUUUCCUGCCAGGCGGGUACCCCCUCCCUCCCUUACUCCCUCCUCCGAAACCUCCCCAAUCCCCCUCCCUGCCCCCACUCACUUCCCUCCCUCACUGCGGUGGAGUCUGGAUUGGACUUUUGGGUACGCUUUUUUUUUUUUUUUUUUUUGGGUGCCUGAUCCCGAAAUAUCCCAGGACUUUUUUUUUUCCCUUUCUAAAUUAUUAUUUUGAAGGAGCUAGAUCUGGGGACUGAAAGGAAAAGGAGGGGGGGGAGGAAAUCGGAAACCAAGGACAACCCAAAAGGACUCACUUUGCCUGAUGACUCAACGCAACUAAUAAUCAUCUCCCUCUCAGAGUGUCUCUCUCUGUGGCGUGUCAGUGAGUCCGGCUCGGGCUGCUGCUGCUGCUGCUGUUGCUGCUGGCGGCAGAGGAGGGAGAGACUGAAAGUGACAUAUCUGGGGCUGCAGUUCUAGUCUCUCCCUCUCUCGGUCUCUUUCUCCCCCCUCCCGCCCCCCACUUUUCUCCUUGAUUGUAGCACCGGCUCCAGCUGCUGCUGCUGCUACUGCUCUUCCUCUCCAGAAUAGCAGCCCCUUUAGCAGCAGCAGCGGCCGCCGAGGUCUCUUCAUUUACCCUGCUUUUUCUCUCUAUGUGUUGGUUUCCUUUCUGAAGGUGUGAAAAAGCCUGCUUUCCCCUCCACUCCCCCGCCUUCGUCUUCUCCCUCCCCUCUUCCCUCCCCCAACCCCUCAGCCACGAGCUCUAUUGCCCCUUUGGUAGAGCCCUUCCUCCUCCUUCACCUCUUCCUUCUCCUCCUGCUCCUCCUCCUUUCCCCCUAUCAUCAUCAUCACCAAUAUCACCAUCAUCACAAUCAUCUCACAAGAAGAAGACAUCCUGACCCAGGACCUUAAAACAUUAGGAUUGGAGGAAGAGGAAAGGGCAAGGAAAACAGAAAGGAAGAAAACAAGAACGUUAAAAAAGGAAACAAGAAACUUUCCACCCUGGAUUCUCUACUUUUGAUCCAUGGACAGAGCUCAGCUCAGCCAAGUUACAGACAGACUAUAAGCAGUCCUUGCUCAUUUUAUUGCGAUCUGCCUGUGGGAACUUUGUCUCCGAGUCAAAGUAGCAUGGAGCGGAGAAGCGAGAGUCCCUGUCUAAGGGAUAGCCCAGAUAGAAGGAGCGGCAGCCCUGAUGUCAAAGGUCCUCCUCCAGUGAAGGUGGCCAGGCUCGAGCAGAAUGGCAGUCCCAUGGGAGCCAGAGGGAGGCCCAAUGGCUCCGUGACCAAGUCAGUGGGAGGUUUGAUGAUUCCUGUUUUUUGCGUGGUGGAGCAGUUGGACAGCUCUCUUGAAUAUGACAACAGAGAAGAACAUGCAGAGUUUGUACUGGUUCGAAAAGACGUGCUCUUCAGCCAGCUGGUGGAGACAGCACUCUUGGCCCUUGGGUAUUCCCACAGUUCUGCGGCUCAGGCACAAGGAAUAAUCAAACUUGGGAGGUGGAAUCCUCUCCCCCUCAGUUAUGUGACUGAUGCGCCAGAUGCGACAGUAGCCGACAUGCUACAAGACGUCUAUCAUGUUGUGACAUUGAAAAUCCAAUUACAAAGUUGUUCAAAGUUGGAAGAUCUGCCAGCAGAGCAGUGGAAUCAUGCCACAGUCCGCAAUGCCUUAAAGGAGCUGCUCAAAGAGAUGAAUCAGAGCACGUUAGCCAAAGAAUGCCCUCUUUCCCAGAGCAUGAUUUCAUCCAUUGUAAAUAGCACAUAUUAUGCCAAUGUGUCAGCAACCAAGUGCCAGGAGUUUGGGAGAUGGUAUAAAAAGUACAAGAAGAUUAAAGUGGAAAGAGUGGAAAGAGAAAACCUUACAGACUAUUGUGUUCUGGGCCAACGUCCAAUGCAUUUACCAAAUAUGAACCAGCUGGCAACCUUGGGAAAAACUAACGAACAGUCUCCUCAUAGCCAAAUUCACCACAGUACUCCAAUCCGAAACCAAGUGCCCACAUUACAACCGAUCAUGAGCCCUGGUCUUCUUUCUCCCCAACUCAGUCCACAAUUGGUAAGGCAACAAAUAGCAAUGGCCCACCUGAUAAACCAACAGAUAGCUGUCAGCCGACUAUUGGCUCACCAACACCCUCAAGCCAUCAACCAACAGUUCUUGAAUCAUCCCCCUAUUCCCAGAGCAGUUAAGCCAGAGCCAACAAACUCUUCAGUUGAAGUUUCUCCAGAUAUCUACCAGCAAGUCAGAGAUGAGCUGAAGCGAGCCAGUGUUUCCCAAGCUGUGUUUGCUAGAGUGGCUUUCAACCGUACACAGGGGUUGUUGUCUGAAAUUCUGCGUAAGGAAGAAGACCCUAGGACAGCCUCCCAAUCUCUCUUGGUAAACCUGAGGGCCAUGCAAAAUUUUCUCAAUCUGCCAGAAGUUGAAAGGGAUCGUAUCUAUCAGGAUGAGAGAGAGAGAAGCAUGAACCCCAAUGUGAGCAUGGUAUCUUCAGCCUCCAGCAGUCCAAGCUCCUCCAGAACUCCCCAGGCCAAAACCUCGACACCGACAACAGACCUCCCCAUUAAGGUGGAAGGCGCCAACGUCAACAUCACAGCUGCCAUUUAUGACGAGAUCCAACAGGAGAUGAAAAGGGCCAAGGUAUCUCAGGCCCUGUUUGCCAAAGUGGCUGCCAAUAAAAGUCAGGGCUGGUUAUGUGAACUACUCCGCUGGAAGGAAAACCCAAGUCCAGAAAACCGCACCCUGUGGGAAAACCUGUGCACCAUCCGCCGUUUCCUGAACCUUCCCCAGCAUGAAAGAGAUGUGAUCUAUGAGGAGGAAUCCAGGCAUCAUCACAGUGAGCGCAUGCAGCAUGUUGUCCAGCUCACUCCUGAGCCUGUGCAGGUUCUUCAUAGACAGCAGUCUCAGCCAGCCAAGGAAAGUUCCCCUCCUAGAGAAGAAGCCCCACCCCCACCUCCUCCUGCCGAGGACAGUUGUACCAAAAAGCCCAGGUCUCGCACCAAGAUCUCGUUAGAGGCUCUGGGAAUCCUUCAGAGCUUUAUUCAUGAUGUGGGGCUCUACCCUGACCAGGAAGCUAUCCACACCCUUUCUGCUCAGCUGGAUCUCCCCAAACAUACCAUCAUCAAAUUCUUCCAGAACCAACGGUACCAUGUGAAGCACCACGGGAAGUUAAAAGAGCAUUUGGGCACGGGGGUUGAUGUGGCCGAAUACAAGGAUGAAGAGCUGCUGACUGAAUCAGAGGAAAAUGAGAGUGAAGAAGGCUCCGAGGAAAUGUACAAAGUGGAAGCUGAGGAGGAAAAUGCUGACAAAAACAAGCCGGCUCCCCCAGAAAUUGACCAGAGAUAAUGUGAAAUCACAACACGAAAAGCAAGACAUUGGUCCAAGGAUUUUCUGUUUCUAUUUUCUUUUUUAUUUUGUUUCAUUUUUUAGGUUUGUUUUUUCAUAUUUUAAAUUUUUUUCCUUCCCCUUUUUGACAUUUCUUUGCUGCACAGGAUAAACGUGCAGACUGAAUGAGUUCAGUAUUGCUGAAUUAGUCAUCAUCUUGACACAGACACUUGAGUGUUACACUUUUACAUUUGACUGGAAUAAUAAUUGUAAUCACAUAAAACUAUGCCUUCAUUAACCUUGCACUUAUGGAAGAAAUGCAAAGCAAGUUCUCAGAAGAAAAGAUCUAUAAAAUAAAUGAAGGAAACUACAAGUGUGUGUAUAUGUAUAUGUACAUAAAUAUAUUUACAUAUAUAUAUAUUAAAAUUGCAUGGGACAGAGAACUUUACAUUCUGAAAGAAUAGACUGUGAAAUGGGUUCUUAAAGACAAGACUUGUUUAUGUAUUAAAACCACUUCACAAUGAGUUGUUUUGGCUUUUUUAUAAACUGCCGCCUGCUCUCAGGGUGUGGUGACUAUUUUUUGAAUUCCUAUUUAUUUUCUAUGUUUGUCCCUGAUUUUAUUAUUAUUUUUUAAUUCUCUACCUUCCUAGUUGGCAGCUUGAUGGUUAAUUAUUGAGGUAUCUAUUUAACAAAAUAAAUCACACUGCCAAAAAUAAGAGAGAGAAAAGAAAAUGAAGCGGAAAAAAAUCAGGGCACCUUAAGAAGACAAAGUCCAAUUACUUUUAAGACACAAUGCACACUUAAAAUGAUCCAACAUGUUCCGUUACUCAACUGGUCCUUCCUGUAGUGAACAGAUGAACUUGAGUGGAAGUCAAAACAAGCAAAACCGAACUACAGUAUGGAAAAGCUUGUUCACUAUUGAGGUCUUGAUAAAAUACCAUUUUGAGAUUGGCUGUGUGGAAUUCAUAUUAUAAAACUAAAUUUUAUCAUGGUAUUUAUUUAUCUGUUCUCAGCUUCAGAACUUAAAAUGAGUUAAGUAUGAUCUUUUAAAAAUGCUUUUUUGUUUUGUUUUGUUUUUAAAUACAGAAAACAAUCCUCUCUUCCUGUAGGAUGACAAAACUACAUCCUGAGAAAUAUAUUUGGUUAUAAGAAAAUGUACGUUGAAGGGCUUCCUUGCUCAGAGAUCUGGUUUCUCUCUCCCCCAGAGUUAUCUUUGGGUAACUGUGGGGCUCCCUCUGUUUCAUUUAGUCCAUGGAACUAAACAUUUCCAGUCACUGUAUCAUACACAACAGCGCAUUUCCAUAACUGGCUGGCCCUCCAGAGAGAAACCUUUUGCUAAGCAAUUGUGCAGCUCUGGGCUAUGCAAAACAAAAUAGGGAGUUUCAGUAGUCACCAAUGAUUACCUUCCCCCCUCCAGUGACCUAGCUAGCUAGAACAGAGAUCUAUCAUCAGGCCAACAGGACUUCAGCAUGUUGACUGAGUCUUCUGUAGAAUGAGCAGACAAGCUUAAUUCUCCUAGUGUUACUGGUCUUAGCCUCCCCCCAUUCCCAAACCUCAGUAAUAUUAUUCCCACUUCCAUGGAUAUUCCCAGAGGAGACUUUACUUUCAACUCUAGUCUAUAUGGAUGGAACUCCUGCUUUCAAGUGGUAAGCAGGGCAGACAGUCAUCCCUUGUGCUUUGAUCUUUUAAGUUGUGUUUUCAUGCAACCUUGUCAAAGACCUCAUGCAAUAUCACUUUGAAAGUUAUUUUCUGUUUACUACACAAGCAUUGUAAUAUAACUGUUAAUACUAUUUAUAUAUUUGAAAGGUAUAAAAGGUAGGAUUAAAAAAACCUCUAUGUGUAGAUAUUUACUCAGAACUUACAAUAUACAGGGAGAAGACAUGUUGCAAUACAAGCUAAUUCUAGCUGCUCAGUAACCUCUGGAGUUUUUAAAGGAACAUUUUCCUGUACUUUUUCAAAUAAAAAUGUUUAGAACUUAUCUUGACCUGAACGUCACAUACCUUUGCAAAGGAUGGUUGUUUGCUACAAAGCUUAGUGCUCAUCCUUUCUUUUUCUGUAGUAUGCUGCAGCUUUGAUCCGAAGUUCCAAUGGUUGCUGCUUUACAUUCUCCUCAGAGUUACUCCUUCAAAAUUGUCUUCUUACACUGUUGCUGAAAUCACUAUGUACAUGUAAUGGAAACUGAUUUUUGCCAAGCUCUUGCAAGGUGGUUCAUCUAUUGAUGGCAUCAGCAUUUGGUAUCUUUUACACUUCAACCAAAAAUUUAUUAGGUAUUUUUCAAUGCUAAGUCUUGCCUUUUAUUUUUAAUUUCACUGCCAAGUCUGCAGUGGUUCAAAGUGAAUCUGUGGGCAUUUUAGCCUGUGGUCUUGCCAGAACUUUGCGAAUUACAAUGCAUAUAUGUCUAUUUAUUCAAUAUCUGUCAUAUAAUAUCUAUUUGGAAAAAGAAACUUUCUCUUGUAGUGCCUCUUGACAAAGCACAAUUUUCCGCCUUUUUUGUGAAAUAAAAAAAAAAAAAACAAAUUGUGUUUUAUUGCAGUAUCAACAAUGUGAAUAAGGAUUAACAUAUUGUAAAUGUUCUUUUUUUUUUCCAUGUAAAUCAACUUUAUCUUUGUUAUCACUAAGUGAUAAUUAAUUUUUAACUUAUGUGCAUUGUUAGGCUGUUAGAAUUUUUUGGUUGUUGAAAUAAAACGCAUUCAAUAAAUAUGA